AUGGAAAAAAAAUUGGCACGAAGCGUUGAGGAAAUAAUUUAUCGCCAUCCAACACUUAAUGAAGACGAUUGUAUAAUUUUUUACAUAAUGACGCCGAUCAGGAACGACGAAGAUGUGGAGGAAAUGUUUUGGUGCCACAUGAUGUUUGGUCAGUUACCUACAAUUGAGUUGUAUGUCCGACUACUAGACAAUCCCGAAACAUUUCCAACGCAAGAGACACAGUCACAUUGGUACGGGAUGAGUCAAACAUCCGACGACGAACCAACACAAAACAAUUUACCUUUCAUACCAAAUGAGGAGGUUGGAGAAGCAAGCGAUGAUGAUAUUCAGGAGGUCAGGAUGCAAGAUAUUUUUCGUGACAGCGAUGACAAAGACAAUGAAGAUAUAGUUGUUGCAUCUAUGCAGCUGAUCCGUGCACAACCCAUAAGUUUGUACAACCCGCCUGCGCACAUGCAAAAUAUAGGUUUCGAACAAGACGACACAACCUUCGUGUUUGGAAGUGCUAUUCCAAACCAUAUAGGUGAAGAAAUAGAGAUUAGUAUGGAAACUUCCUUGAGAAAAAGGAACUCAACAUGGGUGAUUGGUAAACUGUCUGGGUCUCACACAUGUACUACGAUGUCUAUGGCACAAGACCAUAGGAAGCUCAGUUCAGAAAUGGUUAGCCAUAGCAUCAGAGAACUUGUCAACAGCGACGCCUCACUUAAGGUAAAGGUGAUCAUUGCCCAUAUUCUUGAAAAAUACGGGUACAUUAUAUCUUACAGGAAAGCAUGGAUCGCUAAGUGCAAGGCGGUAGAGUCUCUUUAUGGAAAUUGGGAAACAUCUUACAACGACCUCCCGUAG